CCAACAUCUGACGCCUCCAGUCAUAAUAGAUGUUCGCGGGCUGAGAGAGAGAGAGAUAGAGAGAAAGAGCGAACCACCAAUAGCGUUUAGAAAUGUCCAGUUUAAGUGAAGCCAGUUUUUGUCACUGUGGGUUCCUCACAUACCUUGUGCUGUUCUCUUUUUACAUUUCAAUAGCGUCCUCAGUGAGCCUUGACCUGCCUCAACUAAGAAACAAAGUUGCAAGGAUCAAAGUUAACCCGAGAGGAAGUUUAUGGGCAACAGGUCAUUUUAUGGGGAAGAAAAGUGUUGUGGACAGCGAACGCUUGCUGACCGAGGAUGACUCCACGAUGAAAGCCGUCGAGGCUGCACUGAAUCCCCAGCAGGAGAUGCUGAGGAUCGUGCUUCAGACACACCUCGACUCUCCAGAGAUCCGCCCUAAAGUUCCGGGGACUGCAAUAUUAAUGAAGAUAUUAGAUAGCUACAUCCAAGACAAUAAAAAAUGAUGACUGCCAUCGUCUGAGAUCUUCAACGUGUUUCAUUCACAUGGAAAUUGUAAUCGCUUUUUCAUCAACUGUAAUUUUGUUUCUUAACUAAAACUAUUUACCACCUCCAUGUCACAAGAAAUGCAACAAGUUAUACUUGUAUAUUUAUUUUUAGAGGAUGUCCAGAAUUCUUUUCCCAAUAAUUUGUAUUUAAUAAAGAAUUAA